CCAAUUAUUAUAAAGGGGUGGCAGGGACCCAUUUUUACUACUCCUAAAACACAAAUACUGCUUGUUCCAACAUGUCAUUCGACGUAGACACUGAAGACCUCAAAACUCUCGCCGCCGAGCAACGCCGUGAACUCAUGGCGGCGCGUGACGUGGACUCCGACUUGGACUUCGCCUUUCAACUCCAACUCCAAGAAGCUAUAAGCGCCUCCUUAUCUCUUCAACCCUCCACCUCUACCUCCACACCCACCCCCACUCCACUCCCCUCCAACCCCAACCCAAAUCCCUCUUUCGCUGAAGUACAGUCAUCAGAACUCCUUAAUCUCGAGCGAGAAAUCGACGAUCGCAAGCUCAGUGAAUUGGAAUUUCGAAAAUUACGCGACGAUCUUCACCAGCGAAUUCACGAUCACCGUGUUGCUCAGGAGAUACUUCGUAUGCCGGAGGAUGAGUGGCAAAAUGAUGGCGAUAAUUUCGAGCGUCCGUUCGGGGAAGGCACGUCAGAAAAUGUGGACAAGGAGGUUUUUAGGGUUUAUUUCAAGGGUUUGGUGGAGAAUUAUUCACCGAAGGUGGUUUUUGGUGGGAUUGGAGUUGCCAUAUGCGAUUCGAGAGAUGAAUUGUUGUUCGAAAUGAGGAAGCCUUUUUAUGGAAGUGCGAUGAAUCGCCAGUGCAUUGAGUUUAAGGCCCUUAUUGAGGGUUUGAAUGCUGCCAUCGCUUUGGAUUUGAAAAGGGUCGUGUUCUAUUGUGAUUACUUUCCCAUUUUCCAAUUUAUUACAGGCCGAUGGUCAGCCAAACAGCGGAAGGUUGCUGCUUUACUAAAUCAAGUGGUUCUGCUUCGACAAAAGUUUUUGUUUUGCCAGCCUUCAUUUGUGUCUCGAAAUGAAAUUAUUUUUGCAUUUAAAUUUGCAAGAGAGGCAAUGGCUUCCCAAAUUAAGAAAGUAGCAGAGUCAGCUGCUUCUGGAAAUGUGUACGAAACUUGUGUUAUUUGUUUGGAAGAGACAGAUAUUGGCAAGAUUUUCUCAGUUGAUGGUUGUAGGCACCGCUAUUGUGUCUCCUGUAUGAAACAACAUGUUGAAGUGAAGCUGCUUCAUGGUAUGGUGCCUAAGUGUCCUCAUGCUGACUGCAAUUCUGAUCUAAAACUGGAUAGCUGCAUUAAAUUUUUGACCCCCAAGUUAAUUGAUAUGAUGAAGCAACGCAUUAAGGAAGCUUCUAUCCCUGUGACUGAAAAAGUUUAUUGCCCUUACCCAAAGUGCUCAGCAUUAAUGUCAAAAUCUGAAGUUUUAGAAUAUUCUAAGGGGGCCUUUGUAGUAGCUGAAAGAUGUGGAAUCAGGAAAUGUACGACAUGCAAUGGCCUGUUUUGCAUCGAUUGCAAAGUUCCUUGGCACUCGGGUAUCACGUGCUCUGAGUAUAGAAGGAGAAAUCCUAAUCCUCCAGAAGAUGUUAAGUUGAAAAAUCUGGCAGCAGUGAAUUUGUGGCGCCAAUGUAUAAAGUGCAACCACAUGAUUGAACUUGCUGCAGGGUGCUAUCACAUGACUUGCAGAUGUGGCUAUGAAUUUUGUUAUACAUGCGGGGCACCAUGGAAGGACAAGAAAGCAUCUUGCUCCUGUAAGCUUUGGGACGAGGAUUACAUUUUAGAUUCUGAUGAAGAUGAUGAGGAAUUUGAUGAUGAUGAUGAAUUUGAUGAUGAUUAUUAUGAAUCCGAUUCUGAUGAUUAUUUUGGAGUGUUGUAGUGGCCUGCUUCCUGUUGCAUCAUUCCUUAUGGUGGUACUUGACUAUACUUACUGAAUGUACAUACUUGUCUAUUCUGAAUAUUUGGUCAAGCUGGGGAAAAUUUGCUAUAGAAAUUAGCACAUUUUGUGGCGUAUUGUCUUAUAAAUUGAUUAUGUGACGUGAGUCAUGGUCACUCCGUGUCUUUUUUCUUAGCGCUUUCAGAUUUCCUUUCUUUCAUUUUUGGCGGUGAAGCCCGAGAAAAUUGUGUAUUUUCAGAUUUCCUUUCUUUCACAACAUGUCUUUUUUCUUAGCGCUU